AUGAACCUGCCUCCGCAGCUCUCCUUCGCCCUGUAUGUGGCCGCCUUUGCCCUGGGCUUCCCGCUCAAUGUCCUGGCCAUCAGAAGCGCGGCUUCCCACGCCCGGCACCGCCUCACUCCCAGCCUGGUCUACGCCCUCCACCUGGGCUGCUCUGACCUCCUGCUGGCCAUCUCUCUGCCCCUGAAGGCCGUGGAGGCCCUGGCCUCGGGGACUUGGCCUCUGCCGGUCCAGCUGUGCCCUGCCUUUUCCCUGGUCCACUUCGCCCCGCUCUACGCUGGCGGGGGCUUCCUGGCUGCUCUGAGCGCCGGCCGCUACCUGGGCGCAGCCUUCCCCCUGGGCUACCAAGCCCUCCGGCGGCCGCGCUACUCCUGGGGCGUCUGCGUGGUGAUAUGGGCCCUCGUCCUCUGUCAUCUGGGGCUGGUCUUGGGGUUGGAGGCUCCGGGAGGUUGGCUGGACAACACCACCAGCUCCCUGGGCAUCAACAGAGUGGCCAACGGCUCCCCCGUCUGCCUGGAGGCCUGGGACCCGGCGUCUGCCGGCCCCGCCCGCCUCAGUCUCUCCCUCCUGCUCUUCUUUGUGCCCCUGAUCAUCACCGCGUUCUCUUACGUGGGCUGCCUCCGGGCCCUGGCCCACUCGGGCCUGAGCCACAGGCGGAAGGUCAGGGCAGCCUGGGUGGCCGGUGGGGCCCUGCUCACGCUGCUACUCUGCUUGGGGCCCUACAACGCCUCCAACGUGGCCGGCUUCCUGCGCCCCGACAUGGGGGCCCAGUGGCGAAAACUGGGGCUCAUCACAGGGGCCUGGAGUGUGGUGCUCAAUCCACUGGUGACUGGCUACCUGGGAGCAGGUCCUGGCCGCGGGACGGUGUGUGUGGCAAGAAUGCAAGGAGGAACAUUCCAGAAAUAG